UUAAGUUUACGUGCUUUGGAAAACAGCAUGAAAUUUGCGUGGUACAAAAGGAAUAGAAACAAUGUUACGUUUGAGCAUACCGUAAAAAUAGAUGAUUCAAGUGACAAACAGGUCUUGUCAAGCACAAUGUAUACAUCUGUGCCACCAGAAAACGACAGACCUAGGCCUCUUUCUCAGAAUGUCGUCACUCGACGGCGCAUGACAGCGGUCAGCGGUGCACGAGAAACAUGGAGCAACCGUGCCGAGUUCAUUCUUAUUCUUAUUGGUUACACUAUUGGUUUGGGAAAUGCUUGGUUGUUUCCAUUUCUAUGUCACAAAAAUGGCGGAGCAUCUUUCCUUAUCCCUUACUUUUUCAUGCUGGCUAUCAUUGGAAUACCACUUUACUACCUUGAAUUAUGUCUUGGACAACGCAUGCGUAAAGGAUCCAUUGGCGUAUGGAAUGAGAUCAGUCCAUAUUUAGGUGGAGUGGGGUUUUCAAGCGUUGCAGUCUGUUUCUUUGUCUCCCUAUACUACAAUGUCAUUAUCGCUUGGUGCGUAUUCUACUUUGUCAGCUCGUCGGACCCCUUGCCUUGGACAUUGUGUCCAAGAGAGGAGUUUCGCGUCGGAAACACAACUGAAAUGUUCAAAGUUCCCGAGUGCAAUCGGUCCAAUCCGACAAAUUAUUUUUGGUAUCGGACUGCCCUUGACAUUUCCUCAAAAAUCGAAGAAAGCGGCGAUUUCAACUGGAUAAUGUUUUUAUGUCUUGCAUGUACUUGGUUUGUCAUUUGGCUUUGCAUGAUGAAAGGAAUCAAAGUGACUGGCAAGAUUGUUUAUGUCACUGCAACAACUCCAUUGGUAUUGCUAAUCGUCUUAUUUUUUUGUGGUGUGCAUCUCAAAGGUUAUCAAGAAGGAUUAGCUUUACUUUUUAUACCAAAGUUUGAAAAACUGAAGGAUCCUGAAGUGUGGAAGGAUGCUGCAAUUCAAAUAUUUUACUCGCUUGGCGUCGCAUACGGCUCUCUCAUCGCGUUUGCAAGUUAUAACCCGAUGAAAAGUAAAUGUAACCGUGAUGCAAUUCAUGUUUGCCUCGUCAACUGUGGGGUGUCAAUCUACGCGAGCGUUGUCGUAUUUUGUUUCAUUGGAUUUGAAGCCGAUAAAAAAAUGGAAGACUGUUUACACACUCAAAUAGGUGUACUGAAUAGCACAGGUUCACUCGCAAAGCAUGAUCUACCAGUUGAAGACUUGUAUACACUGGAACAAAUUUUAAUUACCAAAGCUAAGCAGUUAAAUACUACCAUGGCAUGUGACAGGAACAAAUUCUUGGAAGAGGUACCAGCAGGGAGAGCAUUUGCAUUUCUUGUAAUUACUGAGACGAUUAGUAAAUUACAAUAUCCAACGUUAUGGUCCAUCAUGUUCUUCUUCAUGCUUGUGAUGAUUGGCAUAGAUACAGAGUUUGGAAUGCUCGAGGGAGUCGUUACACCUAUUAUUGACAUGAAGAUAUUCCCAAAAUUGCGCAGAGAAGUACUUUCGGGAAUCGUAUGUUUCAUCUGCUUCCUUUUUGCAAUCAUGACUUUGUUCUCUUCUGGCGAAUACUGGUUGCAGUUUAUCUCUGCUCACUGUUCAGACAUACCAUUACUAGUAAUUGGACUUGUGGAGGUUCUUGCUGUCUCUUACGUUUAUGGAAUAAAUAGAUUUUGUGAUGACAUCAAAUACAUGACAAACAAGUCUCCUUCUUUCAUUUGGAUAUUGUGCUGGAAAUUCAUUUCCCCUCUAGCAAUAUUGACCAUUUUGAUAACAUCAGUUGUAAAAAUGAUUGAGAUGCCACCAACUUAUCGAGCCUGGGAUAAAUCUACGGGGGAAACAUCGUCUAAAGAUUACCCUCCAUGGCUCAAUGUGCUUGCUGUUCUCCUAAUACUUUCUUCGAUCAUAUUCAUACCAGCUUUUGCCUUGCUCAACUUUUUCGGCGUUAUAAAAAUAAACGGAAGAGGAACGAUCGUCCUGUUGCCGAAAAAGGCUCGACGCACCAGUACGCGUAACAUACCGAUGAUUCGAUUCAGCAGCUCACAAAGCUCCAGAAGUAAUACUAAGUCAAGUGUUGGCUCGUACGCUGAGCAUUAUGGGAAUGGACAGUAUGAGAGAGUGAUUACGAAUGACGAAAAUCCAUUGGUUAAUUGCAGUAAUUAAUUACUAAGUGUUACGAAAAACUACUAAUGACAAAAUUUUGCAAUUUACUAGGACCGAUGAUGUAUACACAAUUGUUUUCUAUUAAUAUUACAUUUAAUGCUAUGACUGCUAUGAUAUAAAACUAUAUUUAAUGGUAUCCUUGUAAAUAUAAUAAAGAACAAUAUAGUAGAUUUAUAGUCUUUUUACCACAAAUAAAAUAAGAAUACGAGUGACUGUUUGAUAAA